AUGGCUCUAAGAACAGCGUUCAUAGUAUCGAUACUGAUUACAUCAGUAGCAUCAGCAUCUAUCGAUAGAUAUUUUGAUCGUCGUCUCUUUUUUAAUACUCCAAAAAUAACUACAACGACUGCGAAAACAUCAUUUAGUCAAACUUUUACCAAUUGGUUAAAUGGAAUUGUAUCAGACAAUUCAAAUAAAGACAAUUACUCUGAUUCUUCUAGUAAAUUAGCUUCAUUGAAAAAUCUUCUAUCAUCUUUAUCAUCAUCAUCAUCAGGUGGUACAAGCAGUAAACUUGAUAAGCUUUUCCAAAUAUUAAAUAUGAAUACUGCAAAUGAUCCGUCAUCAUCAAAUAAAUUAAAUAGUUUACUUUCAUUUUUAAAUACUUAUGGUUUAUCAUCAUCUUCAUCAACUAAUCUUCAAUUAGCAAUGAAAUUAAUCAGUAUUGCACAAGGCACUGGUAGUUUAAGUUCAUUAAGUGUUAAUGAUAUGAUGUCAUUAGUUAACUUUGUUAGUGGUUAG